AUGGUGCUUGCGGACAGCGAGGGCGACGAGGAGCUGGCGAUGACGCUCUCGGACACGCCUGAUCCCUCAGGCGUCUGUAAUGCGUAUGCGAAGCUAUUGAUGUCGCCGCUGCCGCCGGAGCAGCUGUGGACGCUUGAAGGGGCGAUCGAUGUACACUUGCCACCGAGGGAUAUGCCGGUUUCCGGGUUGCCAAAUGAUAUUAAGCAGGAUUUGAAGUGGAUCUUGGAUUAUCAGCCGUAG